AUGGGUAUUCAGCAGUCGGUUUCAUCAAUAGGCCCAUCAUCUUCAAAAGAUCCGAAUGCCACGGAGGUGGAUAAUACAUCCAAGCAGAAGCAGUCUGGAUCCAGACCAACUCAACAGCAAAGGAGCACUCCUGAUCCCAGGAAGCAACAGGAGGGCAAUACUAUGAGUAUGGCUGAAGCACAGAAAAAAGGCGAAAUCAGGAGACUCUGCAGCUAA